AUGAUAAAGCAUCGCUGGAGGGAGCUAGCUAAGUCCUUUGGGAAUCAUGUUGAUCCUGAAAAAACGGAACAAUUGAAGAGGACUAAAUCAGAGCAAGGAAAGAAAGAAGACAGUCGAAAAGAUUCAAAGAAUGAGUCGGAACUUGUUGGACUCAUUGAGAACUUCUACCAACAGUACCAGUCACUAUAUGCUUUGUAUGAUCAUCUAGUAGGAGAGUCGGGGAGAAUUGUUCGUGGCAAAAAAGAGAGAAAAGGUUUUGCCUUGUCUCCCUCCAGCUCAGAUUCUGAAUAUUAUUCCUCAGAGGACGUUGAAGGUAACAAUGCCAAAUUGGAAAAUGAGCAUCAGAAGUUGGCAGACAGCAUUAAGCAUGAAGCUAACACUGAGAAUUCGGGAGUAGCUGAUCUUAAGCAAAAACUGGUCUCUAGAAAUGAAGAGAAGGAAGCUAUAAAUUCAGAAUAUAUGGAAGCAUUGAGAAAAAUAAGACAAGCAGAUAAUAUGGACAAAGAUCUCAAGAAUGAAAUGGACGAAAGAGUAAGGGAACUUUCAGCUCUUGUUGAAGCGCACGAGGCUCAUGGGAACGAAUCAUCAGCUCGGGUGAAAGAGUUAGAGGGCCAGUUAACUGUCUUUAAAAUUGAGUUGGAAUCCUUGUGCUGUCAGAAAAGAGAUUUGGAAGCAUGGAAAGAAGGCAAGGCUGCUGAAGCUAAACAGCUAGGAGAGAAAAAUAUUGGACUGCAUGCUCGGGUUUUUGAACUUGAGAUAGGUUUAAAAGGAAAAGAAGAUGAAAUAUCUGAUCUCCAGAAGAAACUCAAGGAAAAUGAGGACAGUUCAGCCUCAAAAGUUUCAGACUUGAUGGCACAGGCCAGCAAUCUGCAAGUUGAAGUUGAUUCAUUGCGUGCGCAAAAAGGUGAACUGGAACAAAAGAUGGUGAGUAAAAAAAAUGAAUCACUGGCUCAAGUGAAGGGCUUAAGGGAUCAGAUCAAUGGUGUGCAGAGGGAAUUAAAGUCCCUACGCCAGCAGAAAACCGAAUCAGAAGCACAACUGGAUAAGAAGAACAAAGAAAUUUCCAAACACCUGCUUCAGAUAGAAAAUCUGAAAGAGGAACUAAAUAGAAAGGACACAGUUGAAAUGAAAAUGAUGGAUGAAAGACAAUGUCUUCUUGAGAGGAUGAAGGAGUUGGAAAUGCAAAUGGACUCUCGACGCAGCCAAAAGAAAAUUUUGGAAAAGCAGAUAAAAAAUAGAAACCAGGAGACCAAUAAGUUGAGACAGGAAAAUGAGGGUCUGCUUUCUAAAAUUUUUGAGUUGGAGAGAACACUGAAUGAGAGAGGGGAUGAGUUUUAUGCUCUUCGUAGAGAAUGCGAGGAUGGAAAGAAUGAAUCUUCUACUCAAUUUACGGAUUUAACAACACAGGUCAGCAAUUUGAAACAGGAAUUGGAUUCCUUGCAGACUAAGAAAAGCCACUUGCAGAUUGAGAAAGAGAGCAGACAAUAUUUUGAAAGGUUGGGUGAGAUGGAAAAUCAAAACAAUAAAUUGACAGGAAAGAUAGCCCGGAUUGAGAGAGAGAACAGAAAAUAUUUGGACAGACUAACUGAGAUGGAAAAUCAAAACAAUAACUUGACAGUUAAGAUUUCCGAACAGCAGCGAAUUCUUAAGGAACAGGAAGAUACUAUCAGGAAGUUCAAUAAGGAUCAUAAACAAGCUAAAAUUUGGUUUCCGUCGUCCAAAUUGAAUCUACAAGUCGCAGAAAGGAAGAUGGAAGAAUUGGCAGAGAAGUACCGGAUUAAUAUUGAAGAUAACGUCCGCCUCUUGUACCAGAGAAUCCGAGUAGCAGAACAAAUACACAAUGAGAACAAAGAAGGCUACAAGAAGAUGAAAGAUUGUUAUGAGACAGAAAUUAGAGGUCUUAAAGAAAAGCUUGCAACUUAUGAAGAUCCGGCCAGAAAGAUGAAGGAAAUAUCAGAAACAGCAAAAAGCACAUUCCAAAAUGGACUGGACUUGGUGGUACUGAAGUUUGAGGAGGGCCAUAAGAACUUUCUGAACCAGAUUUCCAAAAUGUCAAAUGAUCUUGAGUCUGCUAAAACGUGGGUUACAGGGACAGCAGGUGAGAUCAAACGAUUAAAGCACAAUGUAGAAUGCUUGGUCAGACAACUGAAUGAAAAGGAAGAACAAGAGGGUGUGUUAAGAGACAAAGUUUGUGAGUUAGAAGCAUCGGCAAGCAAGGAAGCUGAAGAGAAGUUGAACAUGACGAAAGGCUUGAGCCAACUUGAGGAGCAGGUGGGAAAUCUGGAGAGGAAAUUGAAGGACAAGGAUGAAGACUUAUUGAUCCUUGGAGAGGAGAAGAGGGAAGCCAUAAGGCAUCUCUGUGUCUUGAUUGAUCAUCACCGGAGCCGCUACGACGAUCUUAAGAAAGUAGUCUCAAAGAGGUCAGCUGCUGCUAGGAGCAGGGCAGUUACUUAGGCUCUACGGCAAGGGCCAUUGUUAUGAUAUGUUUGUUUAGCAUUAUAUAUAAACCUUAUUCAAUUUAUUCAUUCCUUCCCACAAGGAAAGUGGAUGUGUUGCUUAGCAUUG